AUGGCUAGCGGUGAAAGUGGGCGUCCCAAGCAGUUUGAGCUCGACCAGGGCGCGUCGCUCGCGAUCAAGCUCGUCAAGGGACAGGCCGAGAUAUUCGGCGCGGAGAUCGCAGAUGGGAAGGCGUACGUCUUCGGGCAGGAGUGCAAAGCGGCCGUGUACACCUGGCAAGGGUGUACCAUAGAGAUGAGUCCCUCCUCCCGUCCCUGCCCCCCGCCCCACCGUCGUCUGCGCCACUCGGCGGCACGAUGCUUACCUGCCGUUUUUUCGCAGCACGUCUUCGGCCAGCCUGCGGUCGAGUACGUCUCCGACGAGACUCCGAUGGCGCCGUACGCGAACGUGCACAUCGCGCUCGAGCAGAUGCGCGUGCGCGCGCUCGACGUCGCGAACGGCACGCCCGCGCCGCCGGGCGAGGACAACGAUCCAACGGGGCGCGGGAUCCGGGACCCGCCCCGCGUGCUGGUGCUCGGGCCCGAGAGCGCGGGGAAGACGUCGGUCUGUAAGACUUUGGUGAACUACUGCGUCAGGGCGGGGCAGGGGUGGGCUCCGAUGUAUGUUAAUGUGGACCCUUCGGAGGGCGGAUGGUCUAUACCCGGAGCCAUAUCCGCAGCGCCCAUCACCGCGCCGCUGCAAACGUCGACGCCAGCUUCACCGCUGGGCAUGAGCGCCACUUCGGCACCAAGCCACAUCGCGUCGAAUGCGCUCACCCCGCUGUCGUACUGGUAUGGACAUCGGGAGAUGCGCCGCAACCCACUCCUGAUGGAGCGCCUCAUCCGCAACCUCGGUGACAACAUCAGAGAUAGGCAGGAGGGCGAUACGAAAGGUCGCUGCUCAGGCCUCAUCGUUGACACCCCGUCGUCGUUCGCUGCCAGCUCCGGGCCUUCCAAUGACCAUCGUCUGAACAUGGUGAAGGCGUGUGUUGACGCCUUCCAGAUCAAUCUCAUCCUUGUGGUGGGACACGAGAAGCUCAACGUGGAAAUGCAAAGGACAUAUGGGAAACGCCUGGUCGUCCUCAAAAUACCGAAGUCUGGCGGAGUAGUAGAACACGACUCCGCGUAUCGCGAGCGCAUACACCAGUAUCAACUGCACAACUACUUCUACGGGCACAUCAUCGACCCACCCCCCGGUCUGCCCACCAAGGCCUUCGUGCAGGGCGGCGAGCAGACACCUGAUCUGACUUUGCAUCUAUCACCGCUUUCAACGUCAGUCAACUUUGGAGACGUUACGAUGUAUCGCAUCGGCGAAGAGACGAUGGCCCCUCAGUCCGCGCUCCCUAUCGGCGCGACACGGGUGGUGUCGGAGAUGCAGCCCCUGCUGGUCGACCCCGCCAAGUCUGGUUCGGGCCUCUACAAUGCGGUGCUGGCGGUGCUCUCGUCGCCGAACGCGGACGAGUCGGAACGAUACGACGAGGAGGUGCUCGACCUGCAGGUGGUCGGAUACGUGGUGAUAACCGCUCUGGAUCUGCCCAACAAGAGGAUGACGGUGUUGUCGCCCAGCCCGGGCUCGCUUACGGGGAAGACGGCGAUUGUGGGCUCGUUCGAGUGGCAGGAGUGA